CAACCCUUAAGCAGAAGGGACAAUAUGUGAAGAAACUUAUGAGUAAUAUAUGAGUAGAAUAGUAGAUUAUAGGUUUCUUUUGGCAUAUUUCAAUCCUGGACUGUGAGAGGAAGUAACAGUUGACCUCAAGCGAAGACACUCAGCGAAACAGUCAUGGCACAGUAUGACCAGUUAGACGAUAAGGAUUCUUUGGACUUUCACGAUAACCCACCUGCCCCUGAUAAUGUGGUGAAAGAAGAUGAAAACACGCUUUAUUUCGUAUAUGAUGAAGAGGUGGAGGAAGAUGAACCUCCUCCACCACCUCCCCCAGAGCCUGUUUUAAAGGUUAAUGAUCGCCCUCACAAAUUUAAAGACCACUACUGCAAGAAGCCCAAGUUCUGUGAUGUUUGUGCCCGGAUGAUUGUUUUGAACAACAAGUUUUGCAUUCGAUGCAAAAACUGCAAGACCAGUAUUCAUCAUUCAUGUCAGUCCUACGUGGAGUUCCAAAGAUGCUUUGGAAAAAUUCCUCCUGGAUUUAGAAGAGCUUACAGCUCCCCACUAUAUGACCAGGAGAUAAAUAACCCAGGCCAGUCGCACCGCUCUGAUCCUGUGUUUGACACCUUGCGUGUGGGCGUUAUUAUGGCCAACAAAGAGCGAAAGAAGAAUUCUGAGGACAAGAAAAAUAUGAUGAUGAUAAUGGAAGAGGAUGAUGCACAACAACCUAAGGAAGAUGAGGGGGGUGAGGAGACAAAGCCAGAUGGAGACAAGAAAGGAGACAAAACAGCAGCGGAUGACAAGAAUAAGAAGAACCUUGGCACCUUCUCUCAGUCACAUUACUACAUGGCCCUGUAUCGCUUCAAAGCCAUUGAAAAAGACGACCUGGACUUCCAUCCUGGGGAUCGAAUCACAGUCUUAGAUGACUCAAAUGAAGAAUGGUGGAGGGGAAAGAUUGGGGAGAAGACUGGCUAUCUGCCAAUGACAUAUAUCAUAAGAGUCCGUGCAGGAGAAAAAACAUACAGAGUGACACGUUCAUUUGUAGGGAACAGAGAAAUGGGCCAGAUCACACUAAAAAAGGACCAGAUUGUUGUGAAAAAAGGAGAAGAAGUUAAUGGCUAUUUGAAAGUCAGCACCGGGCGAAAACUAGGCUUUUUUCCAUCAAACCUGCUCCAGGAUAUAUGAAUUAUGGAAACAUGACAACAAAGGGUCCCUUUGCAUGUUAUUGAUCUAAUAAUUUAAUCUUGAGGAGUAGAGACUGUUUUUCUGUACACUCAUGUAGGAUAUACUGUAUGUUUCCUCAAGAAAUACUGUGUGUUCAUAGAUUUUUGGGGAGUAAAUUGGCAUUGGGCAAUGUUAUGGUGGUAUUUGCACUUUUCCUUUCAUGGCUAGCAUUGCCAUGAAACAAGAGACUACAAGAGCCAUUGUUAGUCAUUUCUAUUUUUUGGAUUGCUGUAAGUAAAGUGCAUUUGGAGUUGAGGAUAUGUAAAGUCAGUGUUAUGUUAAGUAAGCACUUGUUUUGGGGUAUACAUGUAUGAUGGAUGGAUACACCAUGUACAAGAUCAAAAAUGAUGACUUUUUAAACGAGUGAAUUCUACAAAUUAUAUUGCUUUAAAUGUAAUUUCUAUUUGACAUUUAUGACAAUAAAGGUAUCAUUUAAAGUGGAAAUCCGGUAUUAAA